GUAAUAUUGUUUUUUUUUUUCAUUUUAUUUGGACACAUAAUAAAAUAACAUGUCGUUUUAUUCCUUGUACAAGCCUUGUCAACCCCCUAGUCGAAAUUCAUGAAUAGUAGAGGUGGCUGUGAGGAUCGGGCAGUAUAAUACAAUAACCCAAGGGUGUGUAUCCAGCGCCAUGAACAAGAUUAAAAUGGGAAUCGGUACCGAUCCCAGAGUUAAUCAUUGCGAUCACCUGGUGUGUCCAAACUAAGGUACGUGUAAACAUAAUAAUGUAAGGGUUAUAAGGUCUAUAAAUACACGUAGCUCCCAAGGAAAGAUGGACAUUCGAACUGGACGUCAUGGAGCUCAUGGAUGCAAGAACUAAGUUAUACUUAAUAAGUGUCGCCUAUUUUGUACAGCUUAUAAAUGGCGAUGCAAGAAUCUCAAGAGCCGAUAUCAGUGCAGUUUUGGGUGAAAACGAUGAUCCUAAUUUUUGGCCUUCACGAGGUCGAAGAAAUAGUCCGGAACCAAAAUUCAAACAAUACUUGGAGAGGAAAUACAACAUGAAUACUUUAAAUGGAAAUUUACAAAAGCCACUUUACGUCGAUGAACCAAUGUGGCUAACAAUUGAUAGAAGAGCUGAGGGAGAUGAUGACUAUUUCUGGGUUACAAGAGGACGAAGGGGAAAUAGUUGGAAGCAUCCGACAUCUGCAAGACUAUCAACAAAUUCAAAUUAUAAUUAUAGAGACGAGCCUGAUAACAAAAUUAAGUAAAAACUCGUUGUUACUAUUUGAAUAUAAAUUAUCAUGUAGUGAUUUAUAAUUUCUAUAGUAAAUUAAAAUAAAAUGUUUAUUGGUUUAUUAA